GGGCGCGGGCGCGGAGAAGGCGCGGGGAAGGCGCGGCGGCGGCGGCGCGCAGGAUGGGCGGCAGAGCCGGCUUCUUCGAGGUGGAAAUCCUUGAUUGGAAGACAAAGAAACAGCUGUGCUUCCUAGAUAAGGUUGAAUCAAAUGCCACGAUUAGGGAAAUCAGACUGAUGUUCCAUAAAUUAUAUCCUCAGUGGUAUCCAGCAAGGCAGUCGAUAAGACUGGAUCCAAAAGGAAAGUCCCUGAGGGAUGAGGAUAUCCUGCAGCACCUCCCUGUUGGCACAACCGCUACCUUAUAUUUUAAAGAUUUAGGGCCACAGAUAGGAUGGACUAUGGUAUUUUUGAUAGAAUAUACAGGUCCAUUGUUCAUCUAUUUUCUGUUUUAUUUCCGCAUGCCUUUUGUCUAUGGUCUGGAUGAGAGGUUUACAUCAAGCCCACAUCCAGUAGUUAACUUGGCAUGUAUCUGCCAUUCUUUCCACUACAUCAAAAGAUUGAUUGAAACAAUAUUUGUUCAUCGGUUCUCCCAUGGGACUAUGCCACUGAGGAAUAUUGUGAAGAACUGCUUGUAUUACUGGGGAUUUGCUGCUUGGCUUGCUUAUUACAUCAAUCAUCCUCUUUACACUCCUCCUUCCUACGGGAAAAAACAGAUAAAUUUUGCCGUUAUCAUGUUUCUGCUGUGUGAAGCUGGAAAUUUUUCUAUUCAUGUUGCCCUCAGAGACCUCCGGAGAGAUGGAUCCAGAACCCGUAAGAUCCCAUAUCCAACAAAGAAUCCUUUCACGUGGCUGUUUUUCUUUGUAUCUUGCCCUAACUAUACAUACGAGGUUGGGACAUGGAUCAGUUUCACUAUCAUGACUCAGUGUGUCCCAGUGGGGCUGUUCACCUUGCUUUGCUUCGUUCAGAUGACAAUCUGGGCAAAAGAUAAACAUUACACCUAUCUACGAGAAUUCAAGGAUUAUCCAAGUCUUCGAAUGCCAAUUAUUCCUUUUUUGUUGUAAGAAAAAAAGAUGAAUUGGAAUAUUGCAUGGAGCUUCAAGAAGAAAAAGCUCAUCAGUUCUUUUUAUUCAUAAACCUCCUGUCACAUAAGUGAAUUAAUUAGGUGAUUCUGAUGCAUGUUGAAUCUCUACUGCUUGGGGAAAUUGUAUAGCUUGAAAGGUAUACUUCCUUACACUCAAGAAUUCCCUAAUUCAGGAACAUCUCAGAAGAAUAAGACUUUAUUGCUUAGCUGGUAGCCAUUUCGAUGGAUCGGAGAUAUCGAGAAGCCCGUGCUGAAAAGCAGCUCCAAAUUUAGCAGUGGCAUUCAGCAAGUGUGUGACAUAAGUACACCGGAAUGAGCACUUACCAGCUAGCUUUUGGGGAGCUCAGCUCAGCCAGCAUGCCCUGCUGGCCUGAAGAGAGCUGCAUGUUCUGCCUUCUUUGAAUUGAGAAAGAGAGUGCUGCCUGGGGGCAGGUGCUUUGUUAGAAAUAACAUUACCAAAGAGUAUGAACAGUUCUUGGAAUAAAGUAGGCAAUAUCUCAAAUACCUAACUUGGGUCUAAUCCAUAAUUUGCCAAAUUAAUGUGAAAUAAGAAGUAUUUG